AUGAGCAGGUGCUGUGUAUUUGUCCUGUUUUCCCUCCUUCGUGUCUCUUGGAGUGUGGAGAUGACGGGUUUAUAUGGCAGCUUCACCUCCCCCAGCUUCCCCCAGCCGUACCCUGACAACCAGCACAGAGUGUGGAACAUCAGCGUCCCUGAAGGCCACAGGGUCAAACUCUACUUCACACACUUCAGCGUAGAACCAUCCAACCAGUGUGAAUAUGACUACGUUCAGGUUUUGGCAGAGGGGAAUGAAACCUUGCGUUUCUGCGGCCAGGAAGAAAAGAAUCAUGAAAGCACCCCGAGGAACACCGUCAUCCUGUCAGCCGGGAACCUCAUGUCAGUGGUCUUUAGGAGUGACUACUCUAACGAGGGCCGAUUCACCGGCUUCCAAGCUUUUUACACCUCGGAAGAUCUCAAUGAGUGUCUAACCAGGAUAGAUGGGGAGAGAGUGUGUGAUCAUUUCUGCCACAAUUACAUAGGUGGAUAUUACUGCACUUGCAGACAAGGAUUCUUUCUCCAUGACAACAAAAGAUCAUGCACAGUGCCGUGCCAAAGUCAGGUUCUGACUGACAUGUCAGGUGUUCUGACCAGUCCGGGGUACCCAAACCCAUACCCACCUAUGACUCAGUGCGACCACAGCAUCCAUUUACCUCAAGGCUACAGAAUCAUCCUCGACUUCCUGGAACCGUUUGAUGUCGAGGGACACCCGGACGCCCCGUGUCCAUACGACAUGUUAAAGAUUUCAACAGCCGGACAAGAGUACGGGCCUUUCUGUGGAUCAAAACCACCAAGCAGCAUUGACACUGGAAGUUACCAAGUGUCCAGUAGUUGUUGGUGGAUAAACAAGGGAUUCCCAAUGAGCAGCAGAACUGGGACCCAGUUUGGACCUGGACUUGUGGGACCCAGAGCCACCUUAGGGUAGAGGGGAACAGGAGGAACUGAGCACCAGUCAGGAAGGAGAACAGUUUGAAGAACUGAUGCAGCUAAUGCAAGUUUCAGAGUGUUCUACAGAUGUCCAGCAGCUGGUGGUGGUUAAAGAAGAGGUUCCCGCUGAGCAGGAGGACCCAAUGCUUCCCCACGUUAAAGAGGAACAGGAGGAACUAUGGACCAAUCAGGAGGGACAGAAGCUACAAGGGCUGAAGGAGGAUGAUAUGACUGAGUUCUCCCCUAGUUUUGUGCUUGUGAAGAUAGAAGAGGAUGAAGAAAAACCUAGGGUCUCACAGCUUCAUCAAAUACAAAUUGAAGAAAAUAGAGAGGACUGUAGAGGGUCAGAACCAGACUGCAUUUUCUAUCCACAUCGAUGUUUACAAAAGUAUUCUAACGUCCAGGUUGAGGACUCUUCUGACACUGAGGACAGCGAAGACUGGACACAGAGCAGUGAACCUGAGUCACAUUUCAACAAAAAGACUAAACCUCCAGCCAGCAGUUCAACUGAUGGAGAGGAGUUUGGAGGCUCAGAAUCAGCCAUUAACCUAGUCCGUAUAAAGGACAUAAGAAAUGGAGCUGCUCUAAAUUCAGUACAUCCAUUUCAUCCAUUUUCUAUGUCCAAAUGUAGAAGAACCUUUGACAGUUCUCUGGAGAGACACAUGGACACUACAAUCCCCAACACACCCAGUAAAAUAAAAAAUGAUGACUUCAUUGUGAGAGGUAAAACAAAACGGCAUCACUGUCCUGAGUGUGGUAAAACAUUUACUCUGAGGUCAGAUUUGAAGAGACACAUGCGAGUUCACACAGGAGAGAAGCCAUUUUGUUGUUCAGAAUGUGGUACAAGAUUUACCCAGAAGUCAAGCUUAGAUAUCACAUGAGGCCACACAGGUGAGAAACCUUUCAGCUGUUCUGUUUGUAAGAAAUGUUUUAGUGAUAAAAAGUAAUUUCAGAACACAUAUGGCAACUCACACAGGGGAGAAACAGUUUGGGUGUUUAAUUUGGCAGUAAGGGAUUUUCUGUAAAGUCGAGCUUAGACCUCACACCAGAGUCCACACAGGAGAAAAACCAUUCAGUGCUCAGUUUGUAAGAAUGUUUUAGCCAAAAAAGUCAUGUUCA